GCAGGUUAGCGGCCGCCAAAAAGGUUCAUGGAAAGUUCACCCGCAUAUAUUAGGUAAUUCAAUCGGUCCCUGUGACAUAACUAGUAUGAAGUGGUUGUGUAGAGACAACAUAACCCAUUCGUCAAUAAAUGGGAGCUAAGAACUCCAAAACAAACUUUGUUAUGUAAAAUAGCCUACUAUUCUGUUUUUGUCGGGUUUUCACAGGGACUAUUUUGCUGUGCCCCCGGCGCGCGAUGGACGCAAAUAUUUUUUGAAUGAAUCCAUCGAUGGAAAUCUUCUCUCGGCGCCCGCAUACAGCUGUAGAUAUUUUUGCAUCGACUCAAAUUAAUAAAAUAUAAUUUUGGUCAAUUACAAACUUUGAACAAAAAUGUCCAUCAUACGCUUGACUGAGAGGGAAAACAGAAUUCUACUUGGGCGUGCGAAUUAAGGACAGUUGCAUUCCAUUUGUUCCAUUUGUUCCAUUUCUUUAGAUCCUGACGCAUCUUGAUAAGGACUCGGCCUUACACUAAUGGUAUAGAAAAACAUGUUUGACUAUAUGGAUUUUCUCGCAGUUGGUCCAGGAGAAACGCUGGACUUCUAUACUGCAAGUCCUUGUAUGCUCCAGGAACCAUCUCAAACCGCAUGCUUCACUGGACUAACAGAAACGGAUUGGCAAGUUCAUCGGGUCGCGCAAUCUGUGGAAACCCAGAGCUCCAGCUCAGAGGACCUGUUCGCCAGUCCUCUCUCACCUCUGCCCCCUCCUCGCACCUACAAACCCUGCUUCGUGUGCCAAGACAAGUCCUCAGGCUACCACUAUGGCGUCAGUGCUUGUGAGGGCUGUAAGGGUUUCUUCCGUAGAAGUGUCCAGAAGAACAUGGUUUACACGUGCCACCGGGACAGUAACUGCAUCAUCAAUAAAAUCACCAGGAACCGCUGUCAGUACUGUCGGCUACAGAGGUGCUUCGCCGCGGGCAUGUCCAGGGAGUGUGUUGCCCACAAGGGAAAUCACACCAGAGCUGUCAGGAAUGACCGGAGUAAGAGGAAGGAGAAGAAGGAGACUCCCAAGAUGACCAUCAUCGAGACAUAUGAGCUGACAGCAGAACUGGGCUGUAUAGUGGAGAAAAUCUGUAGGGCCCAUAGAGAGACCUUCCCUUCCCUCUGCCAGUUGGGCAAAUACACUACAAACUCAAGCUCAGACACUAGGAUCCAGUUGGACCUGGGGCUGUGGGAUAAGUUCAGUGAGCUGGCCACCAAAUGUAUCAUCAGGGUUGUGGAGUUUGCCAAACGGGUUCCUGGUUUCACCGGCCUGACUAUAACUGACCAGAUCACCCUCCUCAAAGCGGCCUGUCUGGACAUUCUGAUUCUGCGGAUCUGUACAAGGUACACUCCUGACCAGGACACUAUGACCUUCUCAGACGGGCUGACCUUGACCCGUACACAGAUCCACAACGCUGGCUUUGGCCCGCUCACAGACCAGGUGUUCACCUUCGCUGGCCAGCUGCUGCCCUUGGAGAUGGAUGACACAGAAAGUGGCCUCCUCAGCGCCAUCUGCCUGGUGUCUGGAGAUCGCCAGGACCUGGAGGAGCCGUCUAAGGUGGAGGUCCUGCAAGAGCCCUUACUGGAGGCCUUGAAGAUCUACUCCCGUAAACGCCGGCCCAGCAUGCCCCUCAUGUUCCCCAAGGUCCUCAUGAAGAUAACCGACCUGCGCAGCAUCAGCGCCAAAGGAGCUGAGCGAGUGGUGACGUUGAAGAUGGAGAUCCCAGGUUCCAUGCCUCCUCUUAUCCAGGAGAUGCUGGAGGAGAUGGAGAACCUGGAGAAGCAGAAGCAUUCUGAGGAGGAGCAGAGAGCAGACAAGAACAUCACACCCACACACACACACUCUCCAUGUCCACACAGUACAUAGACACCAGCCUGUUUGCUUGAAAACCUUACUAAAAUGAAAAAUAUACCUCCAAUGGGAUGUCCCGGAAAGGAAAUGAUGAGGAUGGUCAAACGUGAACAAUACCAGUGAAAACAGUGUAUUCAGAGUUAUAUAAAGGGAAUUGUAAAUAGAAUCACGCCACAGUACUUAGUUGUGACGUACAUACAGAGAGCAAAGAGAAUACUCAUAACUGGACGUGACUGGAGAUAUAACAGGACCAGCCUGUGUGUUGGUCAGUAUCAUAAGGUGCUUAGAAGAUGGUUUAAAUACAUACAGUGCAUUGCAGUACUAGAGAGUAGCUUAACAUAUUAACCUCACACAGAGAGCCUUUCUAUACGGAUGGGAGUGGAAUUCAUGUGAAUUGUGACUAGACAUUCCAUUGUGGUGCGACACAGGGGCAAGGUAUGACAAUAUGCAUGAUAUGGAUUCAGUUUAACUCUCAAAAAGGGAUGCAUUUUUCGGAGGUUAUUACUGGGUGUGUGUAGGUCACAAAUGUACGAGAGAUUUUAAAACAGGUACCUACUCUAAAGUAAGGGGGUUCACGUUUCCAUUAUUUAAAGUCUUGCAUGAUUGGCUUUGUUAAGUAAGUGCUAUUACUCUCACCGUGUCAACAUAUAUUCUUCAUACCAUUGUAUGGUUAUGUUUAUCUCUAUGAUGAACGGCAUGGUGCUUUUUUGUGAUAUCGAUUAUAUUCCUAUUUCAGAUAGUUAUUGGUCUAUUAAAGUCUUGGAACUAUAUAUACCC